UACAAAAUCUUCCUUUUUAUCUGUUGGUGUAAGUUUAUUUUGAAACCAAAUAGGACGUUCCUAAUUCUAACUGUUGACAGACCUUGCAAAAUCCUGGCAACUCGAUGUUCACUAAGUUAUUUCAGGACGAAUUUGACAAAGACAUGCUUUAGACUAAUGCAAUUUAAACAUGACACGGCAGGUUAGCGUCCCUCGUUGCCUUAAACGUGCGGGAAACAACAAUUUUAAAUAAUGGUCUGUUAAACAUUUGAAGGGUCAAAUAUGCAGAAGGAACAACCUUGCUUGCGCGAGAGCAGUCCUUGUGCUACAUCCAGCAAGAAUGCUAAAAAUAAGACCAACAAUAUGAUUCUUCUGGCAAUACGUGGUACUAAAGACCCAGAUGACUCCAGGGGUACGGGCUCCCGCUGCAGUUCAGAAAAAGACUCUGGUUACUCUGAUGGCUCAGACUGGCACCAGACAGAUGCGGAGGACCAGCAGAGUUCCAAAAGCCAGUCCAGAGGCAGUGGGCAUUCGGAAACUUCACAGCCAGUUCAAAACAAAGACAUUGGGCAAGGGAAUCCUGGGAAUCCUACCCUGAUGCCAUCAGGCCGCAAGUUUGCGCCCAUCUACAUCACCAACAGUAUGGUGCUUAAGCAGCCGAAUAUAAUCCAGAAAAGAGGUCAGCUGCUCUGGAGAAAUGAAAACAGGGAAACCAGCAGUUCUAGUGCUGCCCAUAUGAUUCUUUUCCAGCAGCCUAGUUUGUUGCCGGCCACUCUCCAACACCAAAAGCCCUUGUCCCAGAUGUCCAAUGUCACAGGGAAGAAAAUAAAUGGCACAUACUUGCCCACUCUCAACUCCUACCCACGUAUUGCACCACACCCCAACAAGAAGCCACUUGAUACAUUUUCAUGGAAUGAUAAAUCCCAGAACCUGAGCAAGAGGGUGUGCACAGAACACAAGAGUGAUGGCACACCUGUGACCAGGAGUCUACCUGAGCAGCACCUUUAUAAGCAACCCAAAUUAGCAGUCUUAACGUCUGAGCUGCCAUGUUCCUCUUCAACCAGAGAUACUCAAUUGUCCUGUCCAACUACUGUCCCCUCGAGCCAUAGCUCCCCAUCUGGGUCUGGUCUGUACACUACAUCCUCCAUCCUCACAACCAGGGAUCUUCCAAGAAACAGCACCACCAGUACUCGCCAUCGCCGUUUCUUCAACACAGUAGAAAUCCUCAGACAAUCAGGCCUGCUGGACGUUACACUGCGCACACAGGAACUACUGUGCCAGAGCAACGUCAUGGAGCGGAACAUUGCCCAGCUCCGCCAGCACACAGAGCUACUGUACCAGGCGGCCAGCAACCCCAUCGGCAGCCUGAGUGGGAUCACAGCCUGGCAACAUCUGCACCAAGCCAUGGCCGAGUCUGGCAGCUACCCUAGCCUUAAAAUCCUGCAAAAUGUACAACUCCUGUGCCAUCCAGAUUCUGCCAGUCAACUAGUGCCGCCGUCUCGCCUUCUCACUACUCUACCUGACACAAACGCAGAACAAGGCAGGGAACUCAAGGGUGAAUAUAAAUCUUCAGAUAACGUCACCUUUAUGCCUCCUGACAGUUCUACCGGUUAGCUCAAUCUGCACUGCCUUUACAGGGAGAGCAAGUACUCAGGGAUAUUUUUGGAUUUUGUGUGGCUUUAAUAUUUUUAUUUUUUAUCCCUGGUUAUUUAAACCUAGUUUUAUAGGAAUUUUGCUAAAUAUCUCUGCCGGCCAAUGGGAAUCAUACAAUGACUGAAGGUUACUACUUGCAGUAUAGUUUUAGUACCAGUUUUUUUCAUCCAGUUGCCUAACAUGCUUCACCAGAAUUAAGUGUUCUGAAAGCUGAUCCAAUAAUUCACUCAAGUGCUAUUCAAUCUCGAGGUACCAUCUGAUAUCACCACUGCAGACUUUCUAGAACCAAACAGAUGACCGGAGGGUCACUGCUUGUGAGUCACAUAAAGGAUUAUGUCAAAACAAAAUGUGUUUACCUGGGAGGCAGAGGAAAUUGGGACACACAGUUGGCCAUACAGUAUGUACUUAAGUGAUUGUUGUCUGCUGUCUCGCCAGACCAACUUUAUUCAGGAAAAAGAUGAAUAAAUCAAUUUCCUGGUAGAUAAAUGUUGAGAAGAUGUUUUCUUAUAGCAUGGUGUAAUAUAUAUAUAUAUAGAGAGA